AUGGCGGCUAUUUGGAUGGAUCUGCGUGGGAAAAUGGGCUUUUCUGGAUUUGUCAUGUCUGACUGGACUGCAAUGCACUCGAAGGAUGCUCUGCAGGCAGGACUGGAUCAAGAGCAGCCCGGCAUGAUCAAGAAGGUGCCGGUGGUGGGCGAAGUGGGUGUGCUCGCGGAUUCCGUGAUCAAGACUUUGGAUAGGUCGGUGGUGGAGAAUGCAGCCGUCCAUGUCCUCACAGCCAUCUUCCGUUUACGACUGGAUCAAGACAUGGGAUGCACGCCUCCGAAUUGCACGCAGGAGCUGAUGUCUGACCAGACGAAAGCAACGACGCGCGGCGAGCGCCACGAGGACAUCGCUCUCCGUGCUGCGACGUCCUCCAUUGUUCUCUUGAAGAAUGGAAACAGCCUGUUGCCACUGGACAAGGGAAAAGUUCACAGGAGUGUUCUCUUGGUGUACAUUGCUGUGCAAUGGUCGGCAUAG